ACGGAUGGAUGGACAUUUAGUCUCACUAAUCCUGAUCAAUAUAACUUGUUUCUCUUAUAUGAGAUCAUAUACAAUAUAUGUUUGCGAAGUGAAGCUUAUAGUUCAUGCAAAGAUAUUGCUAAUGAUGUAUAAUUGCAUAUAGUAUAAUACUUUGCAUAUCAGAUCUUAUGAAAACCUGAUGAAAACACGGACAGUGUGCUGAGUGUUGAUUUAGCAGACUCCGUGGGCAGAAACUAAAGGCAUACCGUCUUUGGAGUGGCAGAGAAGGCACAAAAGCAGUGAUCACAACAGAGUGUGAAAGCACAGUGACCACACGCACAUCCCCCGGUCACGUGACAGUGUCGUGUUCUCUCUGUCUGUGGUGACCGGUGUGCUUUUCACGCUUUUCCCGUGUUGAACAUGAAGAACAGGUAUGUCUUACUGCAUUGUCAUCAACUCUGCCAUUUGUAGGCAAAAGUUCAUACAAUCCCAUCAAUUACAUGAAAUUAAAAUGCAACUUGUAUGAUCUCCUUAUGACCUGAAGAACAGGUUCGACUGGUUUAAACUGACAGUAGUAACCUUUAAAAAGCAAACAAGGCGCUAAGAGUACCUAAGUGAAGAUAUAGUGAGGAAAGUACUGAGGUGCAGAUGAUGAUGAUGAUGAGGAGGAGGAGGAGCAGUAGUAGUAGUGCUGCUGCUGCUGCCACACUACACUACACUACACUACACUACGCUGCUGCCGCUGUCUGGACUCCAGCUUUAGCUCACUGAAGCUCACUCACUCAAACAGGACACGACGAGUGGUGUACAUACGGAAAAACGGUUUCAAAGGCGAAGAAUUCCUGAGUGUUGGACUAUAACCCGCUGCUGUGUGCUGUCCAUAAGAUUUAGGAGUGAAAAGCUGGAAGAGAAACGGCUACUGUACCUCACCGAGAAAGGGACAAGGUUAUGGUCUCGGUGAUGAACACAGACAUGAAGUGAGAUGUGAAUGUUGCUGAGGAGGAGGUGCGAGGCUGGAGACUCAGGCAGAGGACAUGAUGGUAAUGUCGGGGUGGAUUAUUCUGCCCAUCAGCCUGCCCGUCCUCACCAUCACCGGCAUCUGGGUUGUGUAUGCCAUGGCCCUGUAUAACCAGCAUGUUUGUCCUGUGGAUAACUGGUUAUAUAAUCAGUCAUGUGAGGAAGAUUUGUCCAUGCAGAGGGGACCAACACUGUGCUGUACUCUGGACAAUGUGCCACUUAUCAGUAAGUGUGGCACACUACCUCCAGAGAGCUGCUUCUUCAGCCUUAUAUGCAGCACGGGAUCUUUCAUGGUGAUGGUAAUAGUUUUGCUGCAUUAUGCUCAUGUGAUUGAAAGGCGCCAGAACUGCGUGUUAAACACGGCAAGUCUCUCCACCGGCUGGAUCUGCUCUGCAGGACUCAUCAUGGUGGGCAACUUCCAGGUAGAUAAUGCAAAGGUGUUGCACUACGUUGGGGCCGGUGUGGCCUUUCCCACCAGCGUGCUGUUUGUGAGUGUGCAGUCUGCACUCACUUAUAAACUGGCCAAGACUCAGGGUGAGUACAUUAUGGGUCAUUUGCGUCUCAUCAUGACCCUGCUGGCCUUCAUAGCCUUGGUGCUCAGUGGAGUUUUUUUCGUCCAGGAGAGUUUUGUCCUGCAGCACGCCUCAGCCAUCUUUGAGUGGGUCUUCUGUGUCAUCAUCAUGCUGUUUUAUGGCACAUUUGCCUUUGAGUUUGCCAAUAUCUCCAGCAACACCAUGAUGGUCUUGGCCAGAGGAGGAGCUUUAAGUAGCAACAGCCAAGAUCACAAAAUGGAGUCUCUCAGUGGAACUAGUCAGCACCAGCCUGAGAACAUGUCCAUGCUUUAACCUCAUGGAGGGAGAGUUAGCACAGGCCUGCCCAUGCUACUCUCUCUCUUUUCCUGUUUCUUUACACAUACAUGUACAGUAGGGUGCAGAAGAAAACACUAGUUCAGCUGAGGAGAUCUGGCCUACUUCUGUUGUUAAUCUGAGCUAACCUUUGCCAAAGGACUUUGCACACAUUUUUGCACAAUGUUGAGACCAAAUAAUUGUCCAUCUUCAGUGUGACUCUCUGUAAACAAAGUGUCUGUGAUGCUUAAAGAAGCAGUGUUAUAUGGACUAUAUGGACUGCUGUGGUAUGUGUUGUUGGCUUUGUGAAUGUUCAUGGCAUUGGAAUUGUAAAGAUACAGUCUGUUCUAAUGUAACAGAGAUAGCAGUCAGUAACACAUUCCUGCCAGCUCAGCUGAGCACUGAGACAAUUCUGUGCCAAUUCUAGCUGUUUCAUGACAAAACCAGAAAUGUUUAACUAUAGAGUUUAUUUUUGCCUUUUAUAUUCAACCAAAUUGCCUAUAUCUAUGCCUUUAGGUUAUGUUUGAUAUACUCAAACAGAGGUGCUUUUUGCUUUUUGCUUAUUGCAUAUUCUGUUCAGGCUGACUCUCGUUACCGUUGUGCCUUAUGAAACGGGGCCAAGCAAAGCUGUCUAAUGGACACCACUAAUAAUCUCUAAUUCUGUGUUGUUUAUCAUACUAUCAUACACAGUCCAAGGUUUCAAAAGUGUACUUUGUUUUGUACUAUAAAUGUUGUCAAAGGAAUGCCAAUAAGGCCAGCAAGAGUUAACUUUAUAGUAAUGCAGAGCAUUCCCAUAUUUGCUGUAUAUUUGACUUGUUGGUUUGUAAAUGUGAUUAUAUUCUUGCUCAUCUCUGUGCCUGAGGCCAGUAUAUUGAGAGGUGUGGACUGAUUGGUAUUUGAUCUGAUUGAAGGCCUGUUUACAUUUUCCUGCCAGUUUGGUUCUGAACAAUUUCCAGUUUAAGAGGAACACUACAGAUUCCACUUACCAGAUACACCAGAUCCUUUUUCGUAUACAUUACUUUAAUCGUUAAAGAUUUGUGCUUCAUCAGUCUGCCAUAUUUUUGUUUGAUUUCCACACUUUAUGUUUGGUUAAUUGUGGCUUUAAUUGUCAGCUUAUUUGGACUUAAUCUUGUGUCUAUGAUCAUCUGUGCAUACAGGUGUCAGAAAAAUGUCAUCUGUUGUGAUAGUGUGACUUGCAGCAGGACUGCAAGUCUGUUACACAAAAAGUCAUUUUUUCGAUAGAAAUACUCUAUUACACACUGUUCCUUUUUAUGUUGGAUGUUGAUUUAAGUGCGCAUAAACACAAAUCCUGUUACCCAUUCUCUAGUUACAUUCAUAGAAUAUGUAUACUUUGCUCCUUAUGUCUUUAUCAACUAAAGGCAAGUCUAAAUUUUAAAUCAAUGUUUCCUGUUGUGCUUGUUUUUAGUUUAGUCAAAUCCUCAGGAAAAUCUGUUACACCCACUUGGAGUCUGUACUUUUAAUAAAGUUCAAUUGAUUAAGUAUUAAUUAAUGAGUGAACGUUUUACAGUAAAACUGGCAUACACUUGAAGCAUAUUUGUCAUGUUACAAGUGGACUGUAAGUAUUACAUCUGAUUUGCAAAGAUAUUUACACGUUUAUGGUCUGUAUGUGCCAUGUAACUAUUUCCCUGUUCAUGGCUUUAAACGUGCAGGACUGCUAACAUAUUAUUGCUUAGCAUUACUCUGUCCAAUACAGGGAGAAAAUCAGGAGGAUCCUUUACCUUGCUUUGCCAAUAAUGACUUUCUGAGGACAUGGCUGUCUGUUGCUUAACUUGAUCCACUCACUUUCUGAGUUAUUGCUUCAACCCAGUCACAGAACUUUUUUUGCUGAGCAAAGAGUGAUAACACAUUCAAAAUCCAAUAACACAGACAGCAAGUACAAAUAUACAACCUCAGUACACAUGUGCAAACACACAUGGCAGAAAACAUAUAUUGGGUAAAAUAACUGAUAUGCUGGCUGUCAAAGGGCACCUUCUUGUGCCUUUUUAUUACACCAAAGACUGAAAGGGUUUUGGGAUAAAUCGAAGACAUGUUUUAUUGUACUGUAUAUUUGCCUUAAGCUGAGAAAAAAUAAAGCAAAUAUAAAUAAAGCUGCUGACCAAGGCUUCUGUGUUGUCUACAAUACUAAAUGGGACGACUUCUUGGGUUGUAUCAUCUAUCUUAAAGCCGUGAUGUAGAUGGUAUAUGUAAUUUCAUGUAGUAGCAUUUUGGUAUGGCUGUAAAAUAGGUCUGGCUCUGUGUAUUGUGUAGAAUUUAGUGCAUUUGUGGCUUGACCACAUUUAAUGCUGUAAAUAUACAGUACAGUGGGCUCCAAAAGUCUGAGCGCACACUGAAAAUCUGUUUUGGGGGGGUUUCCCCAUUUAAAACUGGAUAUUAAAGUUUUAGAAUUUUGGAAAUAUUCUGCACUAUGGCUAGGUCACUAUUUAAAUGUAGGCAAAUUUGUGAUAUUGACCAUGUUAACACCUUUGCACAAAAUUUCAGAUUAUUUGAGCCCCAUCACUUGCAUUGAAGCAUGUGUUCAGACGACACGCCGAUGAAUUUGAUCGAUCGUGGAUCAUCAGGUUUUACACAAACUUGUGGAGUCCAUGCUAGCUCAAUUGCAUGCAGUCAGUAAAGUGAAGGAAGGACAUACCAAUACUGAGAAAAUCUGAAAUUCAUGUAAAUAUUCUAGUAUAAAGAUGUAAUUUGAAUAUUAUUUGUAAUGAAAAGAAUGCAAAAUAGAAGCAUUUUCACUAGCAGUCUCAGACUUUUGGACUCCAGUGUAUAUUUGGUGCACUUGUGCCU